CUUAAUUGUGACGUCUUAACGGUAACAGCAGUUUUUUCGAAAAGUUUAGCGGGCGUGUAACUAUAAGUAAAACGUUUAAAAACAUGAGUGAUUACAAGUACAUGAGUGGUUUUGGUUCUCACUUCUCAUCCGAAGAUCCCAGAUGUCCAAACUCAUUACCCGAGGGCCAAAAUACACCACAAAAGUGUGCAUACGGUUUGUAUGCUGAACAACUGUCGGGUACAGCAUUUACAGCACCACGUAAGGAAAAUGCACGCACUUGGUUUUAUCGCAUCAAUCCCAGUGCCAAACACCAACCAUUCCAGGCAUACGAAACAGCUAGCAAACAUUUAACUCAUAAUUGGGAUGAACAGAAACCAAAUCCCAAUCAGAUGCGCUGGAAACCAUUCGAUAUUCCUAGUGGAAAUGAGAGUGAAUUUGUUCAAGGUCUGCACACCGUUUGUGGUGCUGGAGAUGCUCGUUGUCGUCAUGGUCUGGCUGUUCAUGUUUAUCUCUGCAAUACAUCUAUGGAAAAUACAGCAUUUUAUAAUAGCGAUGGUGACUUCUUAAUUGUACCUCAAGAGGGAGUUUUAGAUAUUACCACUGAAUUUGGUAAAAUGAAAGUAUCUCCCAAUGAGAUUUGUGUUAUACCCCAGGGUAUACGUUUCGCUGUAAAUGUAACUGGACCUACUAGAGGUUAUAUUUUGGAAGUUUACGACAAUCAUUUCCAUUUACCCGAUUUGGGACCUAUCGGCGCCAAUGGUUUGGCCAAUCCCAGAGAUUUUCUAACACCUGUAGCUUGGUUCGAAGAUCGUCAAGUAGAAGGCUUCCAGGUAGUUUCUAAAUUCCAAGGCCACCUAUUUGCCGCCAAACAAAAUCAUUCCUGUUUCGAUGUGGUAGCCUGGCAUGGCAACUAUGUGCCCUACAAAUACGAUUUGGCCAAAUUCAAUGUUAUUAAUUCAGUUAGUUUUGAUCAUUGUGAUCCCAGUAUAUUCACCGUCCUAACCUGUCCCAGUGCAAAAUAUGGCACGGCUAUAGCUGAUUUUGUUAUCUUCCCUCCUAGAUGGUCGGUGCAAGAGCAUACUUUCAGACCACCUUAUUAUCAUCGCAACUGCAUGAGUGAAUUCAUGGGUUUGAUUUUGGGUCGCUACGAAGCCAAAGAGGAAGGUUUUAUGCCCGGUGGUGCCACCUUACAUUCUAUGAUGACUCCUCAUGGACCUGAUAACAAAUGUUUUGAGGGUGCUUCUAAUGCCAAAUUACAACCCGAACGUGUGGCUGAGGGUACUCAAGCUUUUAUGUUUGAAUCCUCUUUGAGCAUGGCUGUGACCAAAUGGGGUGAGGAGACUUGUCAGAAAUUGGAUGCUAAAUACUAUGAAUGCUGGCAGGCUUUGAAAAUAAUUUUAAAUUAAAUAAUUAAAGUGUUUUUUUACUCAAUUUAUAAAUAUAAUAAAGGUUGUUAGAAAAUUUUUUUUUCUAAACUGUAACCUGUUUAAU